AAGUUCCCCAAUCUGUGUGAUAACAAUGGAUCAAGGCGAUAAGUAAGACCCGUUUGCAAGUUCUCUAAUAUUUAUAAGCUUUAAUAUUUUUAACUGUAAUAUUAAUAGCAUGUUCGUUUUCUUUCUAAUCAGAACAAAACCCAUACGCCCAACUAUUGAGUAGCAUAUUUUCAGGUCUGUUUAAAUUUGAAGUUAAGAUGGUUUGGAAUCUUGUAGUACAUUUAAUACUUCUGUUGCCACUGGCUUGCGGCUACAACUACUGUAACAAUAAGACCCACAUAUGUGUUCUCAAGAAUACUAAACACUUUAUGUGCAAUCUAAAGAUGUUCCGUCCCUUCGCCAACCGGGCUAGGUUCCAUGCCUCCGUUCCGGAUAAUUUGAAAAUGCAAAUCUUAAUAUUGGACAAAUUGAACAAUUUACGAAACCAGUUUGCCAGCGGGAAUCUCCGGACGCGGAACAAUAAGACUUUUGCUAGCGCCAAACGAAUGCGCAGGCUUAUGUGGGACAAGGAACUGGCGUACAUGGCUCAUACCCAUGCCUCCACUGUGUCAUACACACCCACCAAUUGCAGGUCAACCUUGCGAUUCCCCUAUGUGGGCCAGGUCAUUUCCCUAGUACUCCCUCCGGAAAUGUCUGAUUUAGAGCAAAUAAGUUCUACGUCGUUUAACAAAAUGUUCGAAGAGUAUCUAAAUGUUCCGGAUCCUGAAGGUCUCCUUAAAAGAUAUAACUCUACCAGGGACCGAUACAUUACACACUUUACCACCAUUAUCAGUGAUCGAGCCUCGCGAGUUGGAUGUGGUAUUGUCGUGGCUACCAACUGCGUUGAUUACUACAAAUUCUGUUACUUUUUUACCUGCUUCUUCGACUUCGACAACGUGGAGGGGAUGUAUGUAUAUAAGGCGGGUGAACCGGCAACAUCAUGUGACGAUUGGAACGUGGUUAGCAGCGAUAGAUACGCCAAUCUGUGCAAAAACAACGGCGCUCAUUUCCCACAUGACCAAGGAGAUGAACCACAUUGAAAGGACUUUAGUAUGGUGUUUCAUAUAUUCGUACAUUUAUAUAUUUUUGUAUGCUCCCGCCUA